GUCCACUUACCUAACUUUUCCUGUUUACCAUGGAACAAGAAAUCCUUGUGGUCGUGCUCCCUGCGUGAACAACGCCAUUUGUCAAUCCGGUUUUACACACAAGCGAUAUCGAUGCAUAUGUUCUGAUGGAUUUACGGGAUCCCAAUGUGAACAAGAUAUUGACGAAUGUGCAAAGAAAACUCACGAAUGUGAUGCUAAUGCUGAAUGCCAUAAUACUGUGGGAUCAUUUGUCUGUAAAUGCAAACCUGGUUACGAGGAAAAUGGUCAAAUUUGUGUGGAAAUUUUGGGCUGUGAACAAAAUCCAUGUUACAAUGAAGGGGCCUGUAUCCAGCAAAGUAAUGGAUACAACUGCACAUGUUUACAAGGAUUCACUGGCGCUCAUUGUGAAACAGAUAUCGACGACUGUGCCAGCAGUCCUUGUUCAAACAAAGGAACCUGCGUUGACCAAAUCAACAAAUACAGAUGUAGCUGUGCAACUGGGUUUAGUGGAAUAAACUGUGAAAUAGACAUUGACGAGUGUGCUCAAAAUACUCACACUUGUAGUUUGACUGGUGGGGUUUGUAGAAAUUCGCCAGGAUCAUUCAUGUGCAGUUGUAAACCCGGGUUCAUCGGAGACGGACACACAUGUCAAGGGUAUAUAAAAAACUCAAAUAUACUGUCGAAAAAUGAAUCUUACCUCGCAUAUCUUCGUGAAUUCUUGGUCCCUGCCGUUGGAAAUGAUGCCAAUUGGUGGCUAUGCUACCGCGCCUCUUUACAUGGUUGGACUGGAGAGAAGUUCCACACGGCUUGCGAUGGAAAGAAAAAUACCCUAACAGUUAUACAGAAAGACCAGUAUGUUUUUGGAGGGUACACUGACGUUCCAUGGGGUUGUCCUCUGGGAGCAAGAACAAAGGACCCAUCAGGUCGCUGUUGCGUAUUUCCUUUCAAGUAUAGAGGACGUUCCUACGACUCCUGUAUAAGGAAACUUUCAUUUAAACUAUGGUGUUCAUUCGAUGCUGACUACAAUGAUGAUUGGGAUUACUGUGAUGACGAUCCAUACAUUGGUUAUCGUAGGACAGACAAGGCUUUUAUUUAUUCGCUCGAAAACAAAGAAGUUCUGAUGCCAUUUAAGAGUAUGGUGAAAGAUGGUUCUCAAGCCAUUUACAUGGACAUAAGCUAUGGUCCAACAUUUGGUGGGGGCCAUGAUAUUUAUAUUGCGAACAACGCAGGUCAAAAUUCUCAUUCAUAUGCCAGGCUUGGCCAAACCUUCUUGGCUCCAAGUGAAGUAAAGGAUAAGAAUACAGUGUUAGCUGGGAGUUACAAUUUUAAUCCCGAUGAAGUAGAGGUUUUCUAUCACCCUUAAAGCUGGAAUCUCAAUAACAAUCCCUCUUGAAGAAUAGUAUGCCUGCAUGUGAUAAACAAGAGUCUACAUGCUUCAGUCGUAGUGACCAGGAUGACCUCCACGGUUAUGGGCCACUCAGCUCGACUCGUGCACAGCCUUUUGGUUAUGCCUAGCGUUAACUGGAGUUUAAGUUGAAGGUUCUUUACUUUUGUUAUUGAUAUUAUUGUUACAUUCUUUGCAGUAAGAUCUGUCGGAUGAACAGCUUAUCCGGCUUGUGCUUUCAAUCAAGUUUUUAUUUAUGUCUAAUCAAAAUUACGUAGUUCAAUAUCAUAUUUAAACUGGGGGAAGUAAAGAACAGCUUAAACAAAGCCUGCGGAAUAGCCAGGUUUUUAUAACCUAUUUUAGAGUCGUAAAACCACGACACGUCACAUAAUCAUUUUGAAAUGUUAAUCUUUACGCGUUCACCAAAGUCAGGUAACAACGGGAUUCUUCGCGGGGUACUUUCCUGUAAAUGCAAUUAAUUCUGUCGUUUCACUCGCACUCGUGACAACAGGGGCGACGUUUUCCUCCUUUGGAGAAAGUGCUUCUGCCAUCUGAUCGUUUCACGUCAGUGACCUCAUUUUCCGCAUUUAGAGAGUGAAGUAGAUCCUGCGUCCAUUUCCAGGUAUCUCAAAAUGGCGUCGUCAUGAAAUGAAACCAUCACCAUGGCUAGUACUCAGCCAAAACUAAGAAAUCCUGGGAAAAAAACUUCCGUAAAGGGAAGCAGGGAUUGUUGAAAGCCAGCUAUCAGCAAAGAGUUAUUUUCCAAGUGAAGUAAAGGAAGAGGAUACAGUGUUAGCAGGGAGUCUCAGUUUUACUCCCGAUGAAGUAGAGGUGUUCUAUCUUCCUUAAGGCUAGUGAUUCGCGCUAACGUAACUAAGCGUUGCUUAAAUUUACAGGCGACAGAUGCAUAGAUUAUUUCUACGCUGGUUGCCAACGUUAACAUCGGCAACAGCCAAACUGCAAAGGAAAUGAAUGAAAUGCGUUUUAAAUAUGAAAUUACACUUGAGGGGCUGAAAUAUUCGCAGCGAAGUGUUACUUACAAUUCUGUUGGGUAGUCCAUAAAUCUUUACACGGUUCUUUACAUGUUCUUUUAGCGGAUGUGUUCGGUCGGCUGUUAGACAAUUCCAAGUAUUUAAAUUCGUUGCGCCUAUUUAAAUAUAAAAAAGGCUAAUUCGACUCCACAUUCUUUGCUACUGAAUUUUGGUGCCAAAACGGAACAGCUACACAAAACGUUAUUGACCUAAAGAAAAGGUUGAAAUUCUUAGUGCACUAAGCGCAAAUCAGCUACACUUACAAAAGCAAUUCUAUUGCAAUUUUUAGACAUGUACUCUAAGUAAUUAAGGAAUGUUGCACUCCAUCUACUGAAGAAUGUAAAUUUUAUAACAGUAAGUGUAAAGAGAAAUGCUGGGCGGUAACCGGCGAUGAAUUGAAAUUGCAUUCAGGAAAAGACUAUCUGCUUGUUAAAAGGCUGAUAGUUUCGAAAGAAACUGUUUGGGGCUGCGUCGGUGGGAGUAACGAAAUAAU